UUCCCUUAUCAUAAAUCUUCCCCCACCCCUCUCUUCGUAUGCCCAUGUGUGAUGUGUGCGGCUAUUGUAUGAUGCAAAAUGUUAGGCAUAAUAAUGAAAAAUGUAAAUAUUAAAAAUGUUCUCUUUCUUUUACUACGAGAUAAAAAUAUAUUGCUUAAAAGAAACAACUUACCACAAAUAGCAUUUAAUAUUAGAAGUAAACAAAGCAUGGUAUCUUCUAAAGAUGAAUGCAGAUUGUCGGAAAUUGAUAGCGACGACAGGACCGAGCAACCUCUUAAGUAUUCUACUUCAAAGGCUGCCACUAUGAGAGUAGACGAGUAUCGUGACCCAUAUGGAGAUGAAGUACCAUGGUAUCAACCAUAUAGUAUAAUAUUCAGCUUCUCUAUUUUUCUAAUAUAUUUUUGUAUCUUAAGAGAAGAAAAUGACAUUGAUUUAAUGCUCGACAAUGAGUUGGGAGAUUCACUAAAACAAUCUAACAACAGAUUAGCAGAAAAAAAGGCUAAAUCAUAAUAGGAUACUUCUAUUUAACUGUAUUACCUUAGCUUGUUUUAUGUAAUAUUAUUAUCCUUGUUAUGUAAUAAAAUAUAGUUAUUUGUUCUUCAUAAUAUAAUAAAUAUUUAUUUUUUUUUCCAUAACA